UUCCUUCGUCAAUUGCAUGUUUGUGUAGGCGCUAUUUCCUUUGUGGUUCGUGUACAGCAAUGCUGGUUGCGAAAUUGUACAUUUUGCUGGUUGCGAAAUUGUGUUUUGCGUUAACAGCGAGUCAUACGUGAAACCAUAAAGCAAGGAACAGUAUGGUGGAACAUGCUGAUCAAGGGACCAGCUUCCGCCUCAGUACAGUCUCAGUUAAUUACCUCAUCGAUUCAAUUGGAAGUCGGAUUCGUAAUAUACAUGUGCAUUAUACUCGGUAGUUAUGCAUGAUAGAACACGACCUGGGCAUACACCUGCAUUGACGGCAUUAUAUAGCACGUCUGACAAAUCAACACAGAGUCAUCGCCGUUGUGAUCCCCAUCGUGUUCUAGACCACAAUGGACGACACUCAGAGAAAACGUUUAACCAGGCUGCAAUGGAAACGAUUCUGUGUUUUCAGUGUGUGCUACUUCGCCUGCUACACUGGAUUUCGCGGCCUUCGUGACCUACAGAGUACGCUCAACAACGCUGAGGGCACAGGACUAGCAAGCUUGUCCUUACUGUAUGCCUGCAGUGCUUUGGCGGGCCUACUUGUGCCCGCUGUCAUCCGCUUCAAGUUGGGCACAAAAUGGAGUACGUUCUUAGGGUUGGGUCUAUUCACAGUUUACACCGUAAGCAACUACUUCACAAAUGCCUACGUGCUGCUCGUUGCUGCAGUGUUGCCAGGCAUCGGUGCUGCUUUUAUAUGGGUUUCGAAGGGAACCUAUAUCACAACUGUAGCCGUGGAGUUGGCAGCAGCGCACCAAAGAGAUCCAGCCGCCGAUGUUGCGCUGUUGCAUGGCAUUUUCUUCAGCGUGUCUCGAAUAAGCACAGUAUGCGGCAACUUAAUCUCUUCGCUGGUUUUCCAGAAGGGAUGGGCAUCGCUGGACAGUGACGAAGGGCAGAAUGAAACCUUUGAUCUUGGAUCGUGUGGAAUUCAUGCUUGCGGAAGUAGUGGCGCUGCCAACAACACUGGAGCCCUCCUUCCACCUGAACCAGGGAAACGCAUUAUACUCAUCUCCAUAUAUCUCGGCUUUGGGCUGCUUGCGGCAAUCAUUGCCUUAAUCUUCCUUGAGCGAGUGCCUCCAAAAUCUCCCAGAAUCACCAACGGGGAAGAGGCGGUUUCCUUGACAACCAAGGAGCUCAUCCACGGCAUAAUGUCAGCUUUUCGUCUGAUGAGACAGCCCCAGAUGCUGCUGUUGAUUCCUAUACUUUUCUACAUUGGCAUUGACAUGGCUUUUGCCUCCGGCCAUUUCACAAAGUAUUUUGUUGGCUGCACACAAGGCAUUGAGUCCGUGGGCUACGUUGCGAUGUCCCUAUAUCUCACCGCGGUGAUAGUCUCGCCCGUGAUAGGGCGGCUGAUCAAAUACACGGGCCGUCCACCGGUCUUCUUCGCUGGCUGCGGUGUUAAUCUCCUCCUGCUGAUUGGUAUGAGUUUGUGGCCUCCAGAGGGCGGUAAACUUUGGCACCUCGUCGCCAUGGCUUCAGGGCUCGGGUUCUCCAGGGCAAUUAUUCCAACUGUUGCUACAACGCUUUUGGGACUUUUGUUCCCUGACCAGAAAGAGGCUGCAUUUGGCAAUCUCUGCUUCUGGCAAUCCUUCGGUUUCGCCGCAGUCGCCAUCUUGGGUGUCCCGCAAGCUGUCUGUGCUGGUCACGUGAUCGCUGUUACCAUGGCGGCGCUGCUGGUCGUCGUCGUUCUCUACAGUGUUCUGGAAAUCACAAUCCAUAGGGACAAACAGCGGCCCAGUGAAGGGGUUCAGUAUGUCCCUGCGGACGAGGACAGGGGCAGCAUCAAUGAGGACAAAAUGGACACCUUGUAAAGAUGUAAAUGAUACUACAGAGAAAGGAUGGCUGGGAGGCAUAACUUUAAUCCUAGGGAGGUUAGGGCAAAUCAUGAAUAAUUCAGUAGUUUUGAUGGGAAAAUUAUGUUUAUUCGUGACAACAGAACAAUGAAAUCAACAGCACUGUUGUUAUUUCGUCAACCAGUUACAUUAAAGCAUCAGGACGGUUGUCGUCGAGAUACCACAAAGUAGCCUAGUGGAUAUUGAGAUGAGCUGUGGAUACAAAGAUCCCUGGUUCGAAUCCACGUCGUCGCUGCUCAUUUUCAUCGACUGUUUUUCCUCUCCAAAUAUAUCAUUGAGAUAAUUUUAAUUUAAUGAAAAAAGAGAACGAGAACCUUUGUCUUGCAAUGACACAAAGGAAAAACUGAAUUAUUUAUGACAUAUUAAUUGGCCCUUACCCUCCUGGGAAAAAAAAUACGCGGCCGGGAAUAAAACUUCCAUUGUCAGAUCAACCGGGGUUAGGUGGUCUAAAUUGCCCCCCCCCCCGGUCCUCCGCCCCUUCUUGUCCGCAGAAAAUAGGAUCAUCAUGCAGAGAGAAACAAAACAUGCCUGCUUACCCCCCCCCCCCCCUUCCUCGACAGCUAAACCCCCUGUUGAGGCAAACCUGGAUCCACCCUUGUACUGUCCUUUUUGACACAUGGUGAACAAAAUGUCUUGUUUGGGGUGCCCUCUCUGUUGUAUCCCCCAUUUUCCCAAAAAGGCUAAAGGGGAGUGGCUGAAUACAUAUACCUGUUGACGUAUGUGUUAAUGCCGGCCGUUGCCAAGUAAUUUGGACGCGGCUUUCGAGAAGAAAGCAUGUCUAGAAUUAUUAAGUCUUCCAAAAAGAAAAUCAGGAAUAUCUUAUAUGUUUUUAAAAAUUAAGAUAAAAUUUACCGUUAAAAUUUAACGGUAAAUUAAAAAAUUUAAAAGAAAUAUAUGACUUUAUUUUUGUAUAUGUUGAAUGCCGAAAUGGAAUAUGUUAUACUUAUAAAUGUUUUAAUAGGAUGAAUUAUGGAGGCCUAACCCGGUCCUAAUAACAAAAGUGAAAGAGUUGUUAAUGGUUUUUAAAUUCUCAGUUGUCAAUUUUUUGUUCUCUUUUUUUUUUGCAUUGCUUUUUGUUUACUACUCUGUUGAGGUGGUCCCUUACAGUGGCGGUUUAGAUGGAUAUCAGAGGCU